GUGAAGCAGAUGCAGUGUGGAGUUGGGGAUCCCAGAAGCUUCUGAAUGCUCCAUACGUCUCUGCAUGACAUUGGCUCAAAGGGCAUGGGAUUAGUAGACAAAACUACUUCCCCACCCCUCUUAUCUGCAGGGGAGGGAUCAGGUCUCAGCUGGCCAGGCCAAUGUCACUGAUACAGCUGGUGUCAUCGUUACCUUCCACUGACAGAUCACUCGACACCUACCGACCCAGGCAGGGUUAGGUCUGAGUAGAGGUAUGGAUGCUUGUUGUUCCAGGACCCUAGAUGAAGCCAUGAUGCAAGGUAUUGCAGAAAUCCAACGGUCAUCGUGGAACCUAGGGCCAGAUUGCUUCCUGCCUCUGAUCCCUCUCAUUGCUCCUUGGUUGUUGCUGCUUGGCUCCACAUUCUGUCCUGGUAGAUAGGAGUUCACCACUGGCUGGGAGCUGAGACAGAACAAAGAUGCUACACAAUGAAAGGGUACCUGGAGUGGCCCCGAAGUGAGGACCCAGGGCAGAAGAUUGGCUCCAGGUGUUGGCCUAGACUGGGCAUCUGCCUACCCUUGCAAUCCUGACUGGCUGUACUCUGGUGUGUGUCCCCUGCAACAUCAUGCUGCAGCAGAUCCUGCACGACAUGUACAUUGACCCUGAGCUUCUGGCUGAGCUCAGUGAUGUGCAAAAGCACAUCCUCUUCUACAAGAUGAGAGAGGAGCAGCUUCGGCGUUGGAGGGAGCGGGAGGCAUGGGACACUCUGGCCCAGGCAGAAGGCCUCAGGCCUGCGAAGGUCAAGCGAGCAAGCAACAAGCACAUCCAGUGGCUGCUGGGAGCUGAUGGCGAGGUCUGGGUGUGGGUCAUGGGUGAAGGCCCUGGUGACAAGCCCUAUGAAGAGAUCUCUGAGGAGCUGAUUGCAGAGAGAGCACGGCUGCAAGCACAGAGAGAGGCUGAGGAGCUCUGGAGACAGAAGGAAGCAGAGAUCACCAAGAAGUUCCGGGAUGCCUUGGCCAAUGAGAAAGCCCGGAUCCUAGCAGAGAGGUGGAAAGUGGAGAUGGAGGACCGCAAGGCUGCCAAAAUCCUGGAGGAACGUAUACAUGAGGAAUUCAAGAGGAAAGAGGAAGAAGAGAGGAGGCGAGGAGAAGAACAGAUUCGCCUCCAGGAGGAGCAGAGAGCCAAGGAACUCUACUGGACCCUGAAGCAGGCCCAGAUGCACUGCCAAGCCAGUGAGAGGGAGGAGCGUGAGUGGGAAGAACAGUUGCGGAGAAUCAAGGCAGCUGAUGAAGAGAGGAGCCGUCGUGCCCAGCGAGCUCGGGAUGAGUACCGGCGCCACUCACUCCGCGCCAUCCAGAAGGGCACUGUUGCUGGCCUAAGCACCAUGUUCCAAGAACUUGGCCAGAACCAUGAGCAGGAGGCAAGGCUCUACCAUCAACUUCCGUGCACAAGUCCACCAUCAUCCCUCACAGGACCUGACAGGACCUGGGAGCGUCCUCUACGUCCACUCUCCAGAGAAGUCAUCGUGCGCUGGUUCAAGGAGGAACAGCUACCUCGCCGAGCUGGUUUCGAGAGGAAUACCAAGUCCAUUGCUCCCUGGUUUCAUGGAAUUAUUAGCCGAAAAAAUGCAGAAGACCUUUUGGAGAGUAUGACCGAGGGAGCAUUUCUGGUCCGGGUCAGUGAGAAGAUCUGGGGUUACACCCUGUCUUACCGCCUACAGAGGGGCUUCAAGCACUUCCUUGUGGAUGCCUCUGGGGACUUCUACAGUUUUCUGGGAGUGGACCCUAAUCGCCAUGCCACCCUCACAGAUCUCAUUGAUUUCCACAAGGAGGAAAUAAUCACUGUUUCAGGGGGAGAGUUGCUGCAGGAACCCUGCGGACAGAGGGAUAGCCCACCAGACUAUCACCUGUUAUUUGAAUGAUGUUUUUUCUCCUCCUCUUUGGACUCCUUUGAAUAUCCCGAUCUUGAGCUAAGCUUAAGGAUAUCCCCACAGGAAGCCUCAUGGUCUUCUAGAAGAUCCAUCUCUCUUCAGAUGAACAAUGGCAUUAGUGAGUCUCCAGAAUGUUACAAAAUAUGACUACAUUUAUGAGACUGGCCCUAUUCCAAAGCUCAAGACAGAAACCGAUGCUCCCAGAGGCUUGUCUGUCAUGGCUGUUCUAAGCCGAACUUCUAGAGUGAAUGGAUCAUGUUUUAGUAACCCAAAGCAAUUCCAUUGCCGAACUUUACAUUUAAUAUAGGUUUGUUUGUUGACUGACGGCUCUUCUGAAAAAAUGUCCAACACCAAUGUGCAAUGGUUUCUAGCAAAUUAUUUUCUAAACCACUUCAUAAAGCUACAGAGAUCACAGCAGGUUUGGACUAACUUACAUGGAAGACACAGAUGUUGCAUCUGUCCCAGUGUUCAUGAGCUUGUUGAUACUAUCAUGAGAAUUACCUAAGGAUUCUAAGCUCGAAACAGGAGACUGACUCUGUGCUAUCUUCCUUGUUAAAUCACUUCUACCUUAUCUCAUGUCUUGGCUCUUGUUUUGCAAUAUUGAGGUAAUGAUUUCUUGUGAAUAUUCACAAGAUCUGUUAUAGAUUAUAAAUCCAUGGAUGGGUUUUUGAUACUUGAUGAGGCAUUGGCUGUCUAGGAUGCGCUCUUUUAAAGGGUUAGCUUUGUUUUCACUUUAAUUCUUCUGUCUCCUCAAUCUGAGCAUGUUCUUCAUAUAAUGAGAAUAAGCUCCCAAUAACUCAGUAAUUGUCAGCAAUGUUAUAUAAUUUAAGCAUAGUCCUGUUGUUUCCUUAUGGCCACAGAGCAAGCAGAUAGCAGACGUGACAGCAGAACUACAGGUUCAGAAAUCUGGAAGGUUUGAGUUCUAAUCCACACUCCAAAAUUUACUGAAAUCAUAAUCCUUGUAGCACUGGGUUUGGAUUGUACCAAAAGGACAGAAGGACUCUGCAAACAUCAAGGAACUGUUUCACCUGGUUGGAGAGUUGUCAGGUGUCUCUUGUUCUCCACCCAAUCUCUUGGCUCUCCUCUUUCUCUCAUCUUUGGCCAUUUGUGCCAUCACCCACCCCCAUGGCUAUCAGUGCAGCCAGUGUGUGUGUGUGUGUGUGUGACUGACUCUGCUUUUGUUCAUUCACUGUGUUCUUUGGCUUCACUUGUACAUACGUUGAUGACACUUAGCCACAUAUGGUUUUUAGGGGGCGUUUAUUUAU